CUUUUAGUUAAAAUCAUUUGACACUUGGCAUAAUUGUAAUAUUCAUAUUUUUUGACUAUUUGCCACCUUUUGGUUUUAAAUCUUAUUUAUUUAAUUUGAAAGAAAUGGCUUGUUUGAGCUUCUAUGUGGCUUAAAAGCUAUUGAGGCCUGUAAUUUCAAUGAAAUGACCACCGGCAUUGUUGAAGACGUUUCCAUAACUUCAGUCAACCUCUCAGACUUAACCAGCUCAUCGUCCAUUUCUGAUAAAGUUUGUGUGCACUGGGGAUGUGAGCUCAGUUCCAGCCAAACGAAGGUCGUUUUCAAGGCAGAAGACGAUCUUUUGGAGAACCAGUUCUUCAUCAAAACAAUAUGCCUCAGUGCUCAGGCAAGUGACGAGAUGCAUGUGGUCGCAGUAUCUGACGGAGUCGGCGAGUCCAAGCCUGUCCCGAUUGCCACCCUGCGUCACUGCAUGCCCACAGUCAGCUUCCCUGCCUUGGAGCUCAUGCCACCUGUUACCUUCAGCUUGUGUUCGGGCAAAGGGCCGGUCUUCAUCUCUGCACAGCAUAUUACACUCAAUCCUACUGAAAACACUGAGGAGGACGAAGAGGAAGGAGCGCUUGUUGGUUGACUGUUUUACAAAUGGAACCCAUUGUUUGGAGGAAUCGGAUCAGAUUUUGGCAUGUCGGUUUAAUGAAUGCGUAGAAUGUUUAUGGAUCAGAAAGGCAAAGGGGAAACAAAUUCAAAGGCUUGGAGUGUAAUUAUGCAGUAUGGAUGUGCUGCUGUUUGUCUGCCUUUUCUUUUAGUAAUAAUUAGAUACAGAUGAUGAACCCACGGUCAAGUGAUUGCUGAAAUUAACCAAUGUGGCACAAAUGCAGGACGAGCAAAGAUGAUUGCUGGAUUCAAUCCAACCAUGCAUCUGAAUAUGUGAAUAGAAUAAUGAUUUGUAUUGUGAACAUGAUGAGUGUGGUGGGUUUUCUGGGGAAUAAUAUGUGCAAUUAAAUGUUUUUUGUUUCCCCCCCUGAUGCUCACUGAUAGAAAUUUGCUUGGGGGUGAAAUAAAACAUUGAGAAGGGCUUUAUUUUAUUUAAGGUUUUUUUAAGGCCUGAAUACUUUACUAUUUGGGGCUGUGUCCCAAAUCGCAUUAAACCCUGACUUACUAUGGCAAAACAUUGCCAUGGAUGUCGUAG